CAGCGCACGCAGGCGGGGGGAGGGGCGCGGGCUGGCGGCCGUGCAGGGAAGCUAGCGGGGGGCGGGCUGGCGCCGGGGGGGUGGCUGAGACCGGGCUGGCGGGAGGAGGCCUCGGGAGGGAUGUAAGGACCGUCUGUCCCUUCGCGCGCGCUCCCCGCCACCCUCGCGCGCUGUGUCCCUGCGGCCCGGCUGAGGCUGCUUUCGGCCUCUCCGGCCGGGCCCCACGUUAUGUCGUGAUCCCGGGCGGGCGGCGCUGCUGCUGCUGCUCAUGGGGCUGCUCAGGAUUAUGCUGCCGCCCAAGUUGCAGCUGCUGGCGGUGCUGGCGUUCGGGGUGACCGUGCUCUUCCUAGAGAACCAGAUCCAGAAGCUGGAGGAGUCCCGCGGCAAGCUCGAAAGAGCGAUUGCAAGACAUGAAGUCAGAGAAAUAGAACAGCGUCAUACAGUAGAUGGUCCUCGACAAGAUGCAGCUCUGGAUGAAGAUGAUGAUGUGGUGAUCAUUUACAACAGAGUACCUAAAACUGCAAGCACAUCCUUCACAAAUAUUGCCUAUGAUCUUUGUGCAAAGAACAAAUAUCAUGUUCUGCAUAUCAAUACAACCAAAAAUAAUCCUGUUAUGUCAGUGCAAGAUCAGGUGCGAUUUGUGAAGAAUGUAACUUCCUGGAAGGAAAUGAAGCCAGGAUUUUAUCAUGGGCAUAUAUCUUACUUGGAUUUUGCAAAAUUUGGUGUUAAAAAGAAACCAAUUUACAUUAAUGUUAUAAGAGAUCCUAUUGAACGAUUAGUUUCUUACUAUUACUUUUUGCGCUUUGGAGAUGAUUACAGACCAGGGCUACGAAGGCGUAAACAAGGAGAUAAAAAGACCUUUGAUGAAUGUGUAGCAGCUGGAGGCUCAGACUGUGCUCCGGAGAAACUUUGGCUUCAAAUACCAUUCUUCUGUGGCCACAGCUCAGAAUGCUGGAAUGUGGGGAGCAGAUGGGCUUUGGAACAAGCCAAGUACAACCUGAUUAAUGAAUACUUCCUAGUGGGAGUCACCGAAGAGCUUGAAGACUUUAUUAUGUUAUUGGAGGCAGCUUUGCCCCGGUUCUUUAGGGGUGCAACAGAACUGUACCGGACAGGAAAAAAGUCUCAUCUUCGGAAAACAACAGAGAAAAAGCUCCCAACAAAAGAAACCAUUGCCAAGCUUCAACAGUCAGAAAUUUGGAAAAUGGAGAAUGAGUUCUAUGAAUUUGCACUGGAGCAAUUUCAGUUUGUCAGAGCACAUGCAGUUCGGGAAAAAGAUGGAGAAUUGUAUAUUCUGGCGCAAAACUUUUUCUAUGAAAAGAUUUACCCUAAGGCGAACUAAGAGCAAAGUAUACUGUUAGAUAAUAGACUAAACUUUUGGUCACUUUGCCAUCUUUAGUUCUCAGCCCUGGAAGCUAGAUUUCUGAUAGACCUCUGACAUAUUUCUCUCUAGAGAUGAGGAAAGUGGGCUAUGGAUUACACCAAAGGUGUUGGAUACUUGACUUAAGCUUCAGUUCUUUUAUCUAAUUAAUAAUUUCAGUGGGAGUUACUACCUUUUCCCUGAAGAAAUCUACACUUUUCUUUUCAGAUAUUAACCACAGAGCAGUUCUGGUUGAAAAUAUAAACAAAAGAUGCUUCUAUUUAUGGUGUUCUUGAUUCUCAGAGCAAUUUAUUUUCAUUUAAACUUCUGUAAAGAAGAAAUUAUGUUUUCCCAACUUCUACAUGAAGAUUUUGGUUGUAUACAAUUAUGACUAGUGUUAAUAAUUGGUUGACAUCCGUGCUUUGUUUUUGAGAGUCACAUUACAUGAUAUUCAUUGGAAUGAUUAAUUGUGGUCUGCUAAGAAACGCUGUUGCUGGAAUUGACUAUAGUUUUAUUAAAAAGUAAAGCUAUAACUAAUCAGUAUUUCCUUUUCCUCCCUCUCCCCAACUGAAUUUGGAAAAAUUCUGCAAAGAAAGUUGGGAUUGCCUGCAUUUCUAGUGAAUGCUUGCACAUCAAUAUUAAAAAAAAAAACUAGUACAUUAAAUAUCAAAUUGCUCCAUGGAUCCUUUGUAAUGACUGUAAACUAAAAUAUUGAUGAAUCAAUAUUAUGACUCCAUUAAUGAACUCUGAUAUGGUUUGGGUUUUCCUACUUCUUCUAUACCUUUACCUGUAGAAUAUUUUUACUGAGGUGCUUUAUAAUGUGUUUUAAAGCAUUGCAUUUACAAAAGGAGUAAAAUGCUGUAAAUACUGCAUAUUUUAUGUAUUUGGACCAAAAAGGUUACAAGUAAUUAGCUGAAAGUGGUGUUUGCACCAGUUUUGUUACAUGUGAAGUAAAAACCAUCUCAUCUACUGUUCUGCUCCCUAUUUUAGUGAACUGUUAGACAUCACUGAAAUGCACUUCAACCUAUACAACUACUAAUAUGGCACAUUGUCCAGAAGUUCUCUUUACAUGAAAUUAGUCUAUAUCUUUUUAUAAUAUUUGAAAAGAGGGAAAAGAAAAUUCAAUAUGUGGUUGAGAGCGAGAUGUUAAACUUGACAUGUGUUUAUGUAAAUGCCUUAUGUCAUUAUUGUAAACUUGUGUGCAUUUGCCUUUAUUAGCAGCUUGAAACACCUGGUAGAUUAAGUAUAGUUGAAUUUAGUGAACAGCUGUUUGGGUACUGGGGAGUCUAUUUUAACAACUGCCAUAAAUGCUUGCAAAGAACUUGCCUAUUGAACAUACAACUUUUUAAAAUAUUACAGUAAUUGUCCCUUUCUCCACCUUCAGUUUUUAAAAAUGAGUGUCCCUGUGUUUGAUUUUGGGAGGAGGGGACAGGAGAGGAGGAGGAGGAGAAUAAGAUGCCAUGGAUCAGAGUUCCUAAGGAUGGUGUUUAAAGCAGUAGUAUAAAGUUAUUAAGAUGGAGUUGCUUCAAUGUAUUUUUCUUUUUGGUAAUAUGAAAAUGAUUGGGAGUUGAAAAUCAUGUGUAAAUUGGAUAUUUGCUGCCAAAAACACAAUAAUCCAAUUAUAAAAAGGCUAAUGAGACACUGUCAAGUACUGAUUUUAAAUUUGCUUUAUUGUCCUUUGGAUCUUCCUCUUUGAGGCUUAAAAACCAGUUAUUUUCCAAUAGCUCUUCUCAGUUAGGUACUGCUAAUUACUGAUUUAUGUAGCGUGCACCAGGCAGGAUUUUACUUAAUACAAUUCCUGUGUAUCCGCUUCAUUGUUGAUGCCAGCACAUCACUGGGGCACAGGAUUUGCUACUGGAUUUGUUUCUUCUAGCUCAUUUUCUAUCUGAUGAGUAGUGCUGAAAUACUGAAGAGUCGUCAUAGAUUGGUUAUUACAGUUCUAAAAUGUUAUUUUAAGCUGGUAAAUUCUAGAAAUACAAUGGAUAUUUAUUGAAAAAAUGGACAUUUUUAGGUAGAUGACAUUUUGUCCCCCUCCUCCAUAAAAUUUAGAUUUAUUUGUUUAUAGCACCUUAUUUUCUUGAUCCUUUUGUAAAGUUUUCAGAAUGAUAGCCCUGAACAGAAAUACAAAGUAAAAACACAGUACCCAGAUAGCUAGUGAAAUAUGAGAGACACAAAUGGCCUAGAUUGGGAAGAAAACUAUGGGUAAAAUCAUGGCCCUGCUAAAAUCAUCAGAAGUUGUGCCAGGACGUAAUCCUAUAAAUGUAGUUUUUGAACUUCUUCUCUGCCAAGAUUUAAAUUUAGGAAAAUGAAUGAAACAAUCUUAAAAUACAUUAUAAAAAGCUUGGAGUUCUAAAGGAGACAUUUAAUUUUCAUGUUUCACAUUAUGGGAAAGAAAUUUAUUUCCUCAGAUAAUAUCAACUCCUGUUCUCUAUUUGCUGUGAACUGAUAAAAUUGAAAUUGGUGGUGCAGAAAUAUAUAUCUCUUUAGAAAUGUACUAAUUGAAAAGUAUUAAUUAAAUAUAUUAAAUGUUGGGGUAGAGGAGGAAUCCAGAUUGUGGCUAAAUUAUAUUGUAUGAAAUAAUGUAUUCAGAAAGUAUUUUAGAAUUCUUUGACCUCAAACAGUCAAACUUCUGGUUCCUGAAAGAUAAUCAACUUCGCACAUUUUAAAUAACCAAUUCUAUUCUUGUAUUCUGUAAUUCUCAAAAUCACUGGUUAUUAAAAGUAACUUACUGUAUAUAAGUAACAGUUUGUCUCAAUACUUACCCUAAUGAGUCUAGUGAAAUUUAGUGACUUGUAAAUUGUGAUAUCAUUGGACUUGAUUAUGCAGACUUCUGCGUGCACAUUACUACUCUGAAGUCAAUGGGGGCUCUAUGCAACAGUCUAGACCAGGAAAAGAGAUUUGCUUUAUGGGAACAGUUGAGCUAAAUUCCUACCCCCUUUAAAAUCACUGGGAGCUCUGUACUUCAGUGUUGCCAGAAUUUCAUUUUGUGUUCAUGCACAAUAUUUAAAAUAUUUUAGGAAAUGGAACCCCAUAAAUGUAUGCUGUGUGUAUUCAAAUAUUAUACACAGAUACAAUAAUUCCUCUUACAUGAUUUAAAACAGAAAUCAGUCUACAGUGUUAAAAUGUAAUAAAGGAGAAGGAGUCUGAGAGUUUGCAAUGCUUUUUCUAGAUGUUUCAGAUUUCUUAAGAUGUUUAGCUGCUUCUGCGUUCCAGUAGUACAUAUUUGCUAUUCCUAACCUUACAUAGUGCUGUUUUAUGUCAAGGGAGAUUCAAUUGUUACAUUUUUGCAUCAGUUUCACUAGUAUUGAAAAGGUAUGAAUAAAAAGAGAUGUAAUUAUGAUGCUGUCUAAACUAUGCUGCUGAGGCAACCAGAGCAAAAGCCUGUUUCAAAGUUCACUGCCAGUUUAGCUCUUUAAAAGUGGAGCUUAUUUUAUGACUACUGGAGAUCAGACUCAGAGAAAUUAUAAUGGGUGGUUAGUUGUCAGGAUAUAUUCUGUACUUCAAGCCUGUGCAGCUAUGUAACAUUUGCAACACUAUUUAUAAAAUGAGCCCUCUUUGUGAAGACUUUUAUAGCACAUGAUUAUAAAUGUGUUCAGACCCUUGUACUGUCUAAUACUUAGAUCAGCAAUUUUCUGUAACUUCUGUGUUGAGAGCUAGGUUUGUGAGCAUCUCUAAAGCAGUACUGAAUGUAACUUUGAAAAACAUGGAUUGUGCAUCAUGACCUUUAUUUUUAAACACACACACACACACACAGAGCUAAAUAGUGCCUUUUUUCCUCACAAUCCAUGUUCAUGAUGCUCACUCCUGCUCCUUUUUCCUCCUCCCUCUCCAUAUAUUGGUUCAUUUGUGCAAUAUUUUCCCAACGUGAAACCAUUUUGUCACAUUUGUUUGAGAGAUAAUCCCUCCACUCACCAUCAUGCCAGCUUCUGUUGUUGAAGUGUUUGAUUACUGAUGCAAAUGCUAUAAAAUAAAACACCCAGUGGGAAGGGGAAAAAUAAGUUCAGCCUCCUGUCUUAAUAUUAUUCAUGAAGCAUUCACGUUGAAGAUUUUCUAGCAAGCAUAAAUAUACCUUAUAAUGAAUUUGCAGACACUGUUGCUGAAGCAGUUUCCACUGUGGUUGAUCUAUAAUUUUAUAACUUGUUUCUGAGAUAUUUUAUUAAAACUGCCAUGAAAAAAGUGAAAUGUAUAGCCCUGUAUCAUUUGCAUUGGUUUCCUUGUUUGGAAAUUAAUAAACUGCACAUAGAGUGUAUGGUAUAAUGGAAGUGUCAGAAGAAAGAAGCUCUGUGUAAUAAAAAUAAGAUUUAUAAGAAUCAAAUAGGUUAUUUAAGCAAUGGAGUGAAAUGCACAUGCCUCUCUCCAUGAGGAGAGUAUGAGAGAACAUAUAUGUGACAGAUGGCAGUCACUUUGUUUGAUGCUAUUCUGAAA